ACACUACUAGUCGCUAGUCGCUCGUCACAGAUGGUCAAUGGUGGCAAGUUGGCAACACUGCUUCAUCACCGUCUGUCAACAAAUCUUAAAAUUUUCUCGUUUUCUACUAUCAAAAAUAAAAGGAACAAAUUAAUUACCAAUAAGAGUAAAGGAAUCUUUCGAAAAAAUGGAUUGUUUACGAUUACUAGAAAAUUUAGAUAAUAUUGGUUAUACUGGAAUGUGUAUAGGAGCCGAAAAUUCAAUACUUUUACGUAAUUCUUUAUUAAUUUUACAAAAGGAAAAUCAUUUUCAUAAAUGUUAUUAUUGGGGGAGAAUUGAUGGUGUUAAAAACGAUUAUUUCAUCGCUUAUGGACAUGGAAAAGAUUGUUUGAAUAGCCAAGUUUACUAUUAUAGUUUCGAUCGUAUGAAUUGGUUAUUAAUGCCAAAGACAAAUGCAUAUAAUCGAUGUUUAACACCUUUUGCAACAUCACAAUUUCAAGGAAUUCCAGGUUUUAUCAGUAAAGUUUAUAAUCUAAUUUCCCCCUUCCCACCUAAUAAGGAUUUUGAAAAAUACCUUCAAGGUUCAGUUUCGAAAGAAUUGAAAGAAGAAGAUCGUUUAGCGGCUAUUGUGGAGCAAAUAAAUGAGGAUGCAAUGAUUAUACCUCGUGGUGGUUGGCAGAAAACUGUAAAUGGCGAUAUUAUUGAGAAUGCCAAUUUUCAAGGAUUAUCACUUAAUGAAUCUGAACAAUUGAAUUUUUAUCAGCAUGCAAGAUUACCACAGAGAAAGUGGAAAACUAAUUUAUUAACUAGACAUGAUUAUAAUUAUUCUCUUGAUUUCUUAGAUACUAUAGAUGCUGACAUACCAAAAGGAUGUUGGUGUUUACAAAAAGAAUUAGGAGGUCGUUUAGUCAUUUUAAUGAAUGGUUUCUGGCCCGGUGCAGCAUUUUAUCACAAAAUAAAUUCAUCCGAUUAUGGUUUUAUGUACGUGGGUCCGGGAAAAAAGAAUUUGGAUCUUCCAUUUAUGAUAUAA